AACCACAGUCUGUAAUAUGAGCCAAAGCAAAAGUGAAAGCAUCUCAGAGCACCUAUAUUCAUGUCAAAGCUCAACACAACAAACGGAUUAAAGAUGGAGAACUACCAGUACGCUGUGUUUUUUGAGGCAAAUACUCUCUCUGAUGUGGAAGUUAAACAAAUACACAAAUACUUUAGCAUCAAGAGAAGAUCAGGCGGAGGACAGUGUGAGAUCAACAAAGUGGGUGACAACACCUACAACAUAAGUUUUGUAAACGAAGAAGCUCAGGAAAGAGUACUUGACCGAAAGGAUCAUGUCAUCAAUAUAUCCGGACAAGAAGAGAUCCGUGUUUCAUUAAGACGUGACAAUGUUCCUGAAAGCAGCAAACAACCUGAAGCAUCUGCUAAUCAGGAAUGUGCAAGUGCUAAAAGUAUGGAGAAAGUUUUUAAACUGGACUAUUAUCUAUUACGCUAUCUCAGUGAAUGUAAAAAGGCGAAUUCAGACUUGGAGAAACAACUCUCUGGGCUUUCCAGCACCUUCAAGAUCCACAUUGACUCUGAAGAGGUUGUGGUGGCGAGGGACCCGGCAGCUGAAGACGUUUGUCCCCUGAAGAAAUGGGAAUUUGCGGUCGACCAAGUGUUCGAGACUCUAAAGUCACGCUAUAAUAUCUACUUUGAGGUUGAUAGGAAAAAAUCUGAAAUUUUGGAAGACCACCAUUGCCUCUCUGGUGACAACUUAAAAAUCUAUUGUGAAGAAGAGACGUUUUUAGCCGUCGUGGUUGGAGAGCGGAAACAAGUUGAUAAAAUUUUAAAAUUUGUAAGCGGCUUGCAUGAUCAACAGCAGAUUCAACAAGAGUGUCGAGUGUCUGAGAAGCAAUUUGUCCUCAUCAAAGAGAAGUUUGAGUCAUACAUAAAGUCUGAUUUACCUACGCUUAAGAUCACACAGAAAAAAACGGACGUUCUCCUUUUGAAGGGUCCUGAGGAAGAGGUCCGUGCAGGUGAAAAAGAGCUUUUAAACUUAGCAAAAGAAAUCAAAGAGAAGAGUAUCCCAUCACACCGUCCUCUUAUGACCUUCUUAGAAUCAAGUGACGGUAUACAGCAUUUCGAAAACCGAUUUCAACAGAGCCUCCGCAGCCCGGUUAUGCUCGAGACUUCAGGUUCAGACCUCCUUCUGUUGAGUUUGUCUGAUGGAGCGCUACAGGAGGCGGCCGCUGCCGUGCAGAGAGACCUGUGUUUGGAGACCGUGCACCUGAAAAACACUCAGAAGUCAGCUGCGUUUAAUACGCUGAAGGAGGAUUUGAGUGAAGCAGUCAAGCAAGGCCAAUCGUGACAGUGUUAAAGUGGAGCUUAAAUACCUGGAUGAAUCAAGUUCUGACCCCAAAGUGCAAAUGGUGGGCUACAUUACUGAAGUUAAUAGGCUGAAGAACAUCGUGCAGGAAUACAAAAGAAACCAUCAGAACCAUCAUGACUCCCUGCCUCUUCCCAGACCAGAAAUGGCAGACAACUUCCCUGAAAUCUUGUCGAUGGCUGGUGUAAAGAAGAGCAAUGUGGAAAUAAAGCCAACAAGAUUUCCUUCCCCAUGCAUCCACCUCACGGGACCUCGUCGUGAAGUUGAGAGUUUGAAGGACAGCCUUGAGUCAUUUCUUCAGAGUCUUGUCACUAAACAAUUUGAGGUGAAAGGACCUGGAGUUCAAAAUUUUUUUCAAACUGAUGGUGCAGAGACUUUGAAAUUAGUGAAGAAUUCUUGUAUGGUUUGCAUACUGCCCAUUGAUGAUGGGCGUAAUAGAGGUAACAUGCCCAUAUACAUGAAUACAAGUUCUCAGAGCUUGCCAUUUGCUGCAGCUGCUGCAUCUGCCCAACACUCUCUGGACUUUGAGAUACACAUUAAAGUUGUGGUUGGUGGUCUUGAGCAACAAAAGGCUGAUGUGUUUGUUGCUCCGAUGAUAAACACAAACAUGACCUCAACCUUGAUUGGAUCAUCCCUGCUGAAAAAAGCAGGACAGCAGCUUCAGACUAACUUCAACAAUACCAAGGGAAAACGCACACUUACGCCCGGAGAUGUGCUGGAGGUGGAUGCGACACCAGCGUUGGGAUGUUCAAAGGUUUUCUUCGUAGAAUGUGUGCCCAAAGGAAAAAACCACAACAGCGAAAAAGCACUUCGCUGCGGACUUGGCCGAGUUUUUGCACUAUGUGAGCAGAAUUCUUGGAGUUCAGUUGCGCUGCCAAUAAUCGGACCCGGCAUAGUGCUGUCGAUACCGGUCAAAGAUGCCGUUAAUAUUCUUACUCAUGAGAUCUGCGAAUUUUUAUCUCGAUCCACUGGUUGCCUGCAGACCAUUUGUAUCGCCAUAAUGCCUAAUUACGCUCAUUCUGAGGAAAUGUUCCAGACAGUCUGUGCGGAUCUGAGCGCAAAAAUGGUGGACAACACAGGACAAGGCAAG